GAGCAGCCACGGCCCUCGGGCGCGUUGCCCGAGGCGAGCCCGGUAGAGCAUAGCCCGGGCACGGACAGAGCUCCUUCUCGAACUGACAGCGCAGCGACGGCAGGGCCGAGGAAGCUGCAGCUUUCAAGCAGUCAGCGCAGGCUGCUGGUUCUAGCGCGGCUCCUGCUACACCGGCAUACAGCGCGCUUGGUGCUCUUGGAUGAGCCUUUCGCCGGAAUGGAGCAGAACGAGGUGACCCCUUUGCACAGCAUGUUGAAGAUCCAGCUGAAGCAUGCAGCACUGAUGACCGUCACCCACAGGCUUCUUCCCGUCAUCCACUUCUUCUCACGGAUUCUCGUCUUCCAUGAGGGCCGCUGUUCUGAG